AAGGGGAUUUUUCUUAUUGGGGGGUUGUUAAAAAAUAAAUAUAAGAGCGGCCAUCUUUGUUUCCCUGCCUUGUAGUGUAAAAUAUUCCAAAACGGCCCCCACUUUUAUUCUGAUGUUGAUUUGAAUAUUAAAUAAAUAUCAUAAUUCCGGAAGGUUUCUGAUUUCGAGGAAGGAGCCGAUGACAGGAAUAUAAUGUCCUCUCCUCUCCGGUCCUGUGAGGAAGACCAGGGCAUGUUGGUUAAUUCCGAGGGAGUAGAUUUUGAUGAAGAAGACGAGGACGACGGAGAUCUAGACGAGAACGCAAGCGACAUAAACUCGCCGGCGGCGCCUCGAGAAACUGCAACACUAGCCGCGCCAGUAGAGAAAGAAAGGGAAGCAUCAGACAGGGCCAGUCUAGGGAGGAAGAAACGAGGGCCCAAGAAGAAGGAGACAAAGAAGAAGGAGAAAGAGAAAGAGGGAAAACCGGUUAAAGCCAAAAAACGGAAAAAGAUUGAAAGUGAUGUAGAGAGAGACUCGGAGCGAGAGAGAGAUUAUGGUGAGAAUUCCGACAGCGCAGCGAGUGACUUCUCUGGCGAGAAAAGGAAGAAGAAGAAACACAAGGAAAAGAAGGAGAAGAAAACCAAGAAGAAGAAAAAAGAUGAUGGGGACAGCACGCAUGAGGAGACAACAAAGCCAAUAGAACAGAAGACGUCGGCCCAGCUGGCUAUGGACUGGGGUCUGGAGGAUGUGGAUCAUACAUUCACUGAAGACGAUUACCGCACACUCACCAACUACAAAGCCUUCAGCCAGUCCAUGAGGCCGAUGAUCGCCAAGAAGAACCCUAAGAUCCCCAUGUCUAAGAUGAUGACCAUCCUGGGGGUCAAGUGGAGGGAGUUCAGCUCUAACAACCCCUUCAAGGGCUCCGGUGCUGCAGCCGUGGCAGCUGCAGCCGCCGCUGCCGCCAUUGCCGUCGCUGAGCAGGUCUCCGCGGCAACCCCAUCCCCGGAGCCACCUCCACCCCGGAAGCAGCCCCAACCCCCACGGCCGCCCCCCCUGCCACCACCCCCGCCUCCCCCGCUCCGCAAGGCCAAGACCAAAGAGGGCAAAGGCCCUGGGUAUAAGAAGAGUCGCAGUAAGAGUCCUCGUGUUCUGGCUGAGAGGAAGAAGGCGGUGGCAGCAGCAGUCGCGGCUUCAGUAGCUAAAGCCAAGAAGAUGUCCCCCAUACGCAUAAAACUGGGGGCCUUAGGCAACAAGAGAAAGAAGAGCAGCUCUAGUGGUGAUGAUGUUGAUGAGGAGGACUCGCUGCAAGAGGACUCCAGUGUCCACAGCUCCUCGGUCCGCUCCGACAGCUCCUCCCGGGUCAAGAAGAACAAAAGAGGACGUCCGGCCAAGAAGAAUAAGAAGAUGCUGGAUGAGGGUGAGGUGGAGGGGGAUGGUUAUGAGACAGACCACCAGGACUACUGUGAGGUGUGCCAGCAGGGAGGGGAGAUCAUUCUGUGUGACACCUGUCCUCGGGCCUACCACCUGGUCUGUCUGGAGCCUGAGCUGGAGAAGGCCCCUGAGGGCAAGUGGAGUUGCCCACACUGUGAGAAAGAGGGGAUCCAGUGGGAAGCGAAGGAUGAGGACUUUGAGGAGUUUGAGGAGGAGAGUGAGGACAUGGUGGUACCAGAGGUACCUGGGGUUGGACUGCUGGUAGGACUGGAGGAAGAAGAGGAUGACCACAUUGAGUUCUGCAGGGUCUGUAAAGAUGGGGGGGAACUAUUAUGCUGUGACACAUGCACUUCCUCCUACCACAUCCACUGUCUCAACCCGCCCCUGCCUGAAAUCCCCAACGGAGAGUGGCUGUGUCCACGCUGCACUUGUCCUGCUAUCAAGGGCAGGGUGCAGAGGAUCCUCCACUGGCGAUGGGGCGAGCCCCCCGAUCCUGUACCCGUGCCUCCCGCCCCCGAUACCCCUCCUGAUGCUCCUCCGCCACCCCCCAUGAAGGGCAGGGCUGAGAGGGAGUUCUUUGUCAAGCUGACUGGACAGUCCUACUGGCACUGUACCUGGAUCACUGAACUGCAGCUGGAGAUCUUCCACUCGGUGAUGUUCCGUAACUACCAGAGGAAGACAGAUAUGGAGGAGCCUCCCAGUCUGGACUAUGGGUCGGGGGGAGAGGAGGAGAGUGUUAAGAGUGAGAAGAGGAGGCUGAAAGACCCCGACUAUGCUGCCCUGGAUGACAAGUUCUAUAAAUACGGCAUCAAGCCUGAAUGGAUGAUGGUCCACCGCAUCAUCAACCACAGUAUGGACAAGAAAGGGAUAUACCACUACCUGGUCAAGUGGAGAGACCUGACCUACGACCAGUGCACAUGGGAGAGAGAUGAUCUGGAGAUGCCAGAGUUUGUCAUUCACAAGGCCAACUACUGGGCACACAGGGAUGAGGUGAUGAAGGAGGCCCCAGACAUGCCGAGGAGGAUGAGGAGGAUGAGGAUGGAAGAGAGUGAAGACCCCCACAGAUCACCUGUCAACGACCCUACGAUAAAGUAUGAGGAGCAGCCAGACUUUGUGACGGCGACGGGGGGCACUCUGCACCUCUACCAGCUGGAGGGACUCAACUGGCUGCGUUUCUCCUGGGCUCAGGGCACUGACACCAUCCUGGCAGACGAGAUGGGGCUGGGCAAGACUAUCCAGACCAUCGUCUUCCUCUACUCACUCUUCAAAGAGGGCCACACUAGGGGCCCGUUCCUGGUGAGUGCCCCCCUCUCCACCAUCAUUAACUGGGAGAGAGAGUUUGAGAUGUGGGCCCCUGACUUCUACGUGGUGACCUACACAGGGGACAAGGACAGCAGAGCCAUCAUCAGAGAGAACGAGCUGACCUUCGACGACACGGCCAUACGGGGAGGGAGGAAAACCUUCAAACUGAGGAGAGAAGCCCCUAUAAAGUUCCAUGUCCUGUUGACGUCCUAUGAGCUGGUGACGAUAGACCAGACCUCCCUGAAGUCUAUAGACUGGGCCUGUCUAGUGGUGGACGAAGCCCACCGCCUCAAGAACAACCAGAGCAAGUUCUUCAGACGUCUGAAUGACUAUACGAUUGACCACAAGCUGCUGCUGACUGGUACCCCUCUACAGAACAACCUGGAGGAGCUGUUUCACCUGCUCAACUUCCUCACUCCCAACCGUUUCAAUAAUCUGGAGGGGUUCCUGGAGGAGUUUGCAGACAUCUCCAAGGAGGACCAGAUCCAGAAGCUCCAUGACCUGCUGGGUCCCCACAUGUUGAGGAGGCUGAAGGCUGACGUCUUCAAGAACAUGCCGUCCAAGACUGAGCUCAUCGUACGAGUGGAACUAAGCCCCAUGCAGAAGAAAUACUACAAGUUGAUUCUGACGAGGAACUUUGAGGCUCUGAACUCUAAAGGAGGAGGUAACCAGGUGUCUCUACUCAACAUCAUGAUGGACCUGAAGAAGUGUGCCAACCACCCCUAUCUCUUCCCCGUCGCCUCCAUGGAAGCCCGCAAGACGGCGAGCGGAGCGUACGAGGGCAUGGACCUCACAAAGGCUUCUGGGAAACUGACUCUGUUGCAGAAGAUGAUGAGGAAACUGAAGGACCAGGGACACCGGGUGCUAGUCUUCUCACAGAUGACUAAGAUGUUGGACCUGUUGGAGGACUUCCUGGACUUUGAGGGUUAUAAGUACGAGAGGAUCGACGGAGGAGUCACAGGAGCUCUGAGACAGGAGGCCAUAGACAGGUUCAAUGCUCCUGGUGCUCCUCAAUUCUGUUUCCUGCUGUCCACCAGGGCAGGGGGUCUGGGUAUUAACCUGGCCACAGCAGACACUGUUGUCAUCUUUGACUCAGACUGGAACCCCCACAAUGACAUCCAGGCAUUCAGUCGCGCCCACCGCAUCGGGCAGGCCAACAAGGUGAUGAUCUACCGUUUUGUGACCCGUGCCAGUGUGGAGGAGCGCAUCACCCAGGUGGCAAAGAGGAAGAUGAUGCUGACCCACCUGGUGGUGAGGCCAGGCCUGGGCUCCAAGGCUGGAUCCAUGUCCAAACAGGAACUGGACGACAUCCUCAAGUUCGGCACCGAGGAACUCUUCAAGGACGAGAUCGAAUUCCUCUCACCACCACGUAUGUCCCCUCUCUCUCCUAUACGCUGUCCAGCGGGGGACAACAGGGAUGAUGAGGGCAGUGUGAUCCACUAUGACAGCUCAGCCAUCGAGAGACUGCUGGACCGGAGCCAGGACGCUACAGACGACACAGACAUGCAGAACAUGAACGAAUACCUCAGCUCCUUCAAAGUGGCCCGCUACAUGGUUCGAGAGGAGGAUAAGAUUGAGGAGGUGGAGCGUGAGAUCAUUAAGCAGGAAGAGUGUGUGGACCCAGAAUACUGGGAGAAGCUGUUGAGACAUCACUAUGAGCAACAACAGGAGGACCUGGCUAGUAAACUGGGCAAGGGCAAGAGGAACCGCAAGCCUGUCAACUACAACGACGCAGCACAGGAGGACCAAGAGUGGCAUGCUGGUAUUUCAGAUAACCAGUCCGAGUACUCUGUGGGCUCUGAGGAGGAGGAUGAAGACUUCGAUGAGAGGCCAGAAGGUUCUCGCCGACAGUCCCGUCGCCAGAUGAGGAACGAGAGAGACAAGCCACUUCCCCCCCUGUUGGCCAGAGUAGGGGGAAACUUGGAGGUAUUGGGCUUCAACACGCGCCAGAGGAAAGCCUUCCUAAACGCGGUGAUGCGUUGGGGCAUGCCCGCACAGGAUGCCUUCUCCUGCCAGUGGCUGGUCAGAGACCUGAGGGGCAAGAGUGAGAAGGAGUUUAAGGCGUAUGUCUCCCUGUUCAUGCGUCACCUGUGUGAGCCCGUGGCCGACGGUGCCGAGACGUUUGCCGACGGCGUGCCGAGGGAGGGCCUGUGUCGGCAGCCUGUGCUCACCCGCAUCGGGGUCAUGUCCCUGGUCAAGAAGAAGAUCCAGGAGUUUGAGCACAUCAAUGGGCGGUGGAGUCUUCCAGAACUGAAGCCAGAGAUGAAGCCAGAGGCCCUGAGACCAGAGGUCAGUGUGUCUUCUUCCUCCAGAGCCUCCUCCCCUGGAGGGACCAUGAAGACCGCUACGCCCACCCCUGACCCCAGCUGUACCUCAGACAACACCCCCUGCACCUCAAAACCAGCUACCCCUGCUCCGUCGGACAAACUAGAGAAGAACGGGAAAGAUGGAGAGGAGGAAGAUGAGGAGGGUAAGCCAGAGCCAGAGCAAGAUGGCGAGAAGGAGAAGAACAAGGGGAAGGAGGAAGAGAGCAACAAGAGUGCAGACCCUGAAGAGACUCCAAUCUCUACCAAAGAAGCACUACAAGAAUUAUCCCCUUGCACAACAACAGACAAGGAGGAGAAGGGUACAAAAGAGGAGAAGGAGGGGAAAGAAACCAAAACGACUGACACCCUUCCGGCCCUAGUGGAGGAGAAGAAAGUUGAGGAGGAGAGUAAGGAGGAGGGGUCCUUCAGAGAAACAACUAAGCAAGGGUCGGAGGUCAAACAUGAGAAACCAGGUAGUGUAACACUCUCACCUAGAGAGAAGGUGGAGGAGGAGAAAGAGAAGGACAACAACAAGGAAAAGGACACAGAGAAGAGUGAGGAGGCCCCUGUCCUCACAGAAGGGCCAGACAACAUGGAAAGGAUGGAGCGACAGCAACCCUCUGACGUGAUGAAAGAGGAAGUAAAAGGUGAAAAGGAUGCUGGGAAAGAAGUGGCGAAGGAGGAGGUUGCCAAAGAUGCCUUGACAAAACCCCCCAUCACCCCCCCCGAGCGACGGCGCUUCAUGUUCAACAUCGCUGAUGGGGGCUUCACGGAGCUGCAUACGCUGUGGCAGAACGAGGAGCGGGCCGCCAUCUCCUCCGGGAAGAUGAAUGAGAUCUGGCACCGGCGACACGACUUCUGGCUGCUGGCGGGAAUUGUACUUCAUGGGUACGCGAGGUGGCAGGACAUCCAGAACGAUCCCCAGUUUGCUAUCGUCAACGAGCCCUUCAAGUCGCAGGCCAACAAGGGCAACUUCCUGGAGAUGAAGAACAAGUUCCUGGCCCGCCGCUUCAAGUUAUUAGAGCAGGCCCUGGUGAUAGAGGAACAACUGAGACGGGCAGCCUACCUGAAUAUGACCCAGGACCCGGUCCACCCCGCCAUGGCGUUGAACGCCCGUUAUGCCGAGGUGGAGUGUCUGGCCGAGUCCCACCAACACCUCAGCAAGGAGUCCCUGGCCGGGAACAAACCGGCCAAUGCCGUGCUGCAUAAAGUGCUGAACCAGUUGGAGGAGCUGCUGAGCGACAUGAAGGCUGACGUGACACGGCUCCCCGCCACGCUGUCCCGGGUCCCGCCCAUCGCCGCACGUCUGCAGAUGUCAGAGAGGAGCAUCCUCAGCAGGCUGGCCAGCAAGGGCACUGACACACACCCGCCCCCGACCAUCCCUCCAGGACCCUACGCCACUCCUCAGAACUUUGGGCCCCCCUUCACCCCCACCCCCCUGGGAGUCUUACCCAUGGGAGGAGCCAACUACAGCCAGAUGCCUCCUGGAUCCUUCGUAUCAGUGUUGAACGGUCCUCCUGUGUCAGUGAAGAAGGAGAGGGAAGCAGAGCAGCUCCUGAGCAGGAGAGACCAGCGCCGUGGAGAGGUCAUCUGUAUCGACGACUGAACAAUAUCGCUCACUGACCGCACACACACACACACGUCAACAUAUAUACACACACAUAUAUACUUAAACAUAUAUACACACACACACACACACACAAACAUAUACGCACACACCAACACAUAACACACGCAGUAUAGUAUCCACACUCCGCAGACUGACCCUCCCUAUGAAUAUAUACACACACACAUGAACAUACACACACCAACACACAAUACACACAGUACAGUAUCCGCACUCCACAGACUGACACUCCCUAUGAAUACACACACACACACACACACACACACUUGUGGUCCAUGCUGUCACUUACAUACUCACCUGCUCAAUCGCUUGUUGUCUGCCUCAAACCAACCAAUCCUCACAAGCAGCCUACUCAUAGAAUAUCUCCCCUCCAGAACAGUAUGGUUCUGUAAUCUAGAACCUCCCUCUCUAUCCUAGCAUCGCUCACAUACUACCAAACCUGACCCUUGACCUUUGAUCCCCUCAGGGGUCGCUCCAGUGACAUGAAACUGCAUGAUAUAACAUUGUGAAGAUUUUGCUCUUGACACCAUUCCUGCCAUUCGCCCUGAGAAGCAUGCUGUGCUAAAACUCACAAAACAAUGGCGUUAUCAUGCAAGCUGUGCCUACAGUAUUUCUUCUAGUGCUGGUUUUAUCUCCGAAGCUUGCCGAAAACCAUUCAUCAAUCGCCCCAUUGGAGAAUUGAUUGAGUGAAGUAUUACAGGACUCGGGGCUGUAAACUUGUCAGGAAACUCUCAGCCCAUUUCCCUUUCAUGUUGACCUGAUUGUACAUGUAGAAAUACUGAAAUGUCAGUCAGUCCAGCCCAAUUUAGUAUUAUGUUGACUGUAUGAGUUAUAGCUGGUAUGCCAGAGGAUUUUCUUACAGACCAGGGUACACAGUUUAUAUCUUUGGUUUUGAUUGGGAUGGGAGGUCCCAGUGCUUGUUCGGGAUAGGCCUCACUCAUAGAACUGGUCAUAACCUUUCAUAGGCAAGUCAUACAGUGUUGACCACCCUCAACUACAGUCCUCUCCCCUUGCUAUUUGACCCCCUACGUAAAGCUUACACAGUGCCUUCUGAAAGUAUUCAGACCCCCUGACUUUUUCCAUAUUUGUUAGGUUACAGCCUUAUUCUAAAAUUGAUUAAAUAGUAUUUCCCCUCAUCAAUCUACACACAAUACCCCAUCAUUCUUUUUAAAUGUUUGCUCAUUUAUAAAAAAAAAUAAAAAAUAAAUGAAAUAUCACGUUUACAUAAGUUUUCAGACCCUUUACUCAGUACUUUGUUGAAGCACCUUAGGCAACGAUUACACCCUCGAGUCUUCUUGGGUAUGACGCUACAAGCUUGGCACGCCUGUAUUUGGGGAGUUUCUCCCAUUCUUCUGUGCAGAUCCUUUCAAGCUCUGUCAGAUUGGAUGGUGAGCGUUGCUGCACAGGUUUUUUCAGGUCUCUCCAGAGAUGUUAGAUCGGGUUCAAGUCCGGGCUCUGGCUGGGCCACUCAAGGAGAUUCAGAGACUUGUCAUGAAGCCACUCCUGCGUUGUCUUGAUUGUGUGCUUAGGGUCGUUGUCCUGUUGGAAGGUGAACCUUCACCCCAGUUUGUGCCUCGACACAAUCCUGUCUCGGCGCUCUACAGACAAUUCCUGCGACCUCAUGGCUUGGUUUUUGCUCUGACAUGCUCUGUCAACUGUGGGACCUUAUAUAGACAGGUGUGAGCCUUUCCAAAUCUUGUCCAGUCAAAUGAAUUUACCACAGGUGAACUCCAAUAAAGUUGUAGAAACAUCUCAAGGAUGAUCAAUGGAAACACCUAAGCUCAAUUUCGAGGGUCUGAAUACUCAUGUAAAUAAAGUAUUUUUGUUUUUUUAUUUUAAAUAAUUUGCGGAAAAUUCUAAAAACCUGUUUUCUCAUUCAUGUCAUUAUGGGGUAUUGUGUGUAGAUUGCUGAGGAAAUUGUUUUAUUUAAUCCAUCUUAGAAUAAGGCUGUAAAGUAACAAAAUGUGGAAAAAGUCAAGGGGUCUGAAUACUUUCCGAAGGCACUAUAUCUCCCUUUCCUUUCCUCCUCCUCCUCUCAAUCAAUCCUUUCUUUCUUGUUAGUUUCUUUUUGAGUUUCUCCUUCUUUCUACGAAUUCUGUGAUAUUCUUUGCAUAUUUAAACUUGGCUCAUUCGUGUUCUCUUGUGUUUUUACUCUUGUUGACUUACUGCAACUAUGAUUAUUAUUGUUGUUGUUGACGUUGCUGUUGACGUUGCUGUUGCUAUUGAAAAAAAAGAGCUUCUACCAAAUGAGAGGUUGAGAAAACAAUAAAAUCAUAAGUUUUGGUGCACAAAUGCACCUCUUAUAUCAGACGUCUUAUAGUCGGAGCAUAAAGCAAAGCGAAGGGGUUGAGAGAACACAGCAACAACAAAACAUUUCUUGCUUACAUUCUAGAUUCGGGGCUUGCAAAUAACCAAUAUAAUAUACUACAUAUGUAACCCUAAAUGCGUUAAGACAAAAUUAAACCCUGUACUAUCUUAACAUCAGUUAAAGUACAUCAAUUCCUUAUUCUCUGGAAACUCAGAGGCUGUUAGUAGAAUCAAGUCAACUUUAUAUACUGUAUCCACAAACAGCCUUAAACAUAACAUAGCUGAAAUAAGUGUAAAGAAGUUAAGUCUGAAUUAAGUCUUAAGUCUGAAUUAAUCGGGAGAUGUAAACUUUUUACAUGCUAGUUGAAAUAGACCACUUUUAGUUAGUUCCCUGGACAUAUUUCAAAUAAUUAAAGUAGAAAAUAUUCAUGUAUUUCCUUAAAACCAUGAAUACUCCACACAGGUGUUCCAAGUGAAGAGUCUAAACUACAUUUCACUGAUUAUGUUUCUUAGGAAGUGUUUUGCAACCCCUUAACUAAAAUGGGCACGGUCAAAUCAGGCACUUCCUCUCUCUUUUCUUGUUCUUUUUUCAAAUUUUGUGUUUUGUUUUUAAUUCCUCGAUAUUUCGUGUCACUGUGUACGAUGUGGUGGUGCCGACCGAUAAACAAUGAGUGGCAGUUAAACAUGUCAAUAAUAAAAAUGCAUCUCUUUUUA